GAUAAAAGUUUACGAAACAUUAGAGACCCUAGAAAUGAAUAUGGAGAAAUGCAAAUUGCUGGCGAAAUACUUGCUUGCGGUGAUGAAAACAUACGCGAGGCUGGUGAGAUUUCUGAUCAGGUUUUAUUUGCCGUUCGCUUUAUAUCCACCCAUGUUACAUUUUAUAAGGCUGAGAUUUCUGAGAAAUAUUGGAAUGAGCUUAGCAUAGGUUUACCAGAUAAAUAUUCAGUUGCAAUCAAAAGAUGGCCAGGAGAGAAUAAAAAACUAAGUGGUCUUGAUCUUGCAGACCCAGAGGGAAGAAUAGCAGUGUUAACUGCAUUAACCAAAAUUCGUCAAUUUCUUUUGAA